UUACACCACUAACCUCACAGGAGAUCACAUCUCUGGACACAUCUCCACAAGUCUCUCUUUAAAACAUCUACAAUUGGACUGACAAAUCUCUUCUUUAAUCAAGGAUCUGAGUUAAUACAAAAAAAAAUCUGAUGAAUGGAAGAAAAUCAUCUGUGAUGGUAUUCCAGAAGUUAAAAUCUCAACAAAAACAAACAACGGGUCGGACUUCAACAGAUGUGUGUCCGCUUGACACGGCAGCAUCAGAAAGAAACAACAUCUUUAACACAAUGAAGAAGUAAUGGCUGCAAACGUCUGCGCUUCUCUCCACAUCGACGCGACUGCCAUGUCCUGAAGAGAAACAGGAGCUCUCUGGAGAGCAGGAGUUCUGGAAAAGGUCAAAGGUCUUGGGUUAAGCAUGGUGUCAGUGGAGGUCUCUGUGGCUUUAGUGCUGUGCUGUGUUUUGAUGGGAGCCAGAGCUCUGAUUGAUUCAGAUGAUGUCAUCACAAGAGAUGAACAGAUCUUUCUCCUCAUUGGUGCGCGGUCGAGGUGUGAGAGAACCAUCCGUGCACAGUCAGACGUGGUCAGAGAGAAUAACUGCGCUCCUGAGUGGGAUGGGAUCAUUUGCUGGCCCACAGGAAAACCCAAUCAGAUGGUGGCAGUUCUGUGUCCUGAGUACAUCUAUGACUUCAACCACAGAGGAUACGCGUAUCGACACUGUGAUGCAUCAGGUAACUGGGAGCAGGUGUCCAUUAUAAACCGGACGUGGGCAAACUACACGGAAUGCACCACUUACCUGCACACCAACCACAGUGAUCAGGAGGAAGUGUUUGAGCGCCUUUACCUCAUGUACACUAUUGGAUACUCCAUAUCACUGGCAGCGUUACUGGUGGCGGUCUCUAUCCUUUGCUAUUUCAAACGUCUCCACUGCACUCGUAACUACAUCCACAUCCACCUCUUCACCUCGUUCAUAUGUCGAGCAAUCAGUAUUUUUGUGAAAGACGCCGUUCUUUACGCCGUCACGAAUGAUGGAGAACUAGAAGAUGGGGCAGUGGAACAAAGACCCAUGGUGGGCUGCAAGGCUGCUGUGACCCUCUUCCUGUAUCUGUUGGCGACCAAUCAUUAUUGGAUCCUGGUGGAGGGUUUGUACUUGCAUAGUCUGAUCUUCAUGGCCUUCCUGUCUGAUAAGAACUGCCUGUGGGCUUUAACAAUCAUAGGCUGGGGGAUCCCAGCAGUGUUUGUGUCUAUAUGGGUCAGUGCCAGGGUGUCUCUGGCAGACACACAGUGCUGGGAUAUCAGCGCAGGCAAUCUAAAAUGGAUCUAUCAAGUACCAAUCCUGGCAGCCAUUGUUGUAAACUUCUUCCUCUUCCUCAAUAUCAUCAGGGUUUUGGCCUCUAAGUUGUGGGAAACAAACACGGGAAAACUGGACCCUAGACAGCAGUACAGGAAGCUGCUGAAGUCAACAAUGGUGCUGAUGCCACUGUUUGGAGUUCAUUACAUGCUGUUCAUGGCUCUUCCGUACACUGAUGUGACUGGUUUGCUGUGGCAGAUUCAGAUGCAUUACGAGAUGCUCUUCAAUUCUUCACAGGGUUUCUUUGUGGCGUUUAUUUACUGCUUCUGCAAUGGGGAGGUGCAGGCAGAGGUGAAGAAGGCCUGGUUGCGACGCAGUCUUGCGUUAGACCUGAAGCAGAAGGCUCGAGUCCACAGCAGUGCGGGAUGUGGAAGUGGUUACUAUGGAGGAAUGAUGUCCCACACCACCACACAGAGCGUGUGUCUCAGUGUCAGUGGUGCUAAAGGCGGUCAUUCUCUGCACACCAUAGGAGCCAAAGGACAAUCCCGUCUACAACAUUCAGGAAACUUACCCGGCUACGCGCCUCAGGACACAGAGACUUUGUUUUACCCAGUGGUCCCAAAGCAGAAAGAGACUCCAUGCAGACAGAGCAGCAGGAAUGCAGAGGAAAGCGAGCAUGAUUUUGAGCCAUAUUUCGUAGCGGAUGAGGAACAUUCUGGAUCCAUGUCUUGGAAAGAACUAGAAACGAUGCUUUGAUGUAACUUGCUGGAUAUUAUAAGUGGUGCUUGCUAUUGUCAGAAGUUCUAAGUUAUAAAAGCUUGUUUUUUUUGCCACAGAAUACAAAACAUUACAAUAAUAAUUGUAGCUUUUUAUCUC